UCUUGCAUCUACGCAUACUGGACCACACUCACACUGACCAGGCACAACUCCGGGGCCGCCGAAGGAGACAUCACGUUCAGCAAAGCGCACCCGGAUGCUGUACAAGCUCUUGUCAAGGAGUUCCUGGCGUUCGUCAAGAAGGCCAUUCCCCCAGAGAUGCGUGCCAAGUGGCUCUCGGCCGGAGAUCAAAAUGAGAACGAAGGCGACAAUACCGAGGAUGUGGCCAGGAGCGAGGACGGGGAUGGGGCUGAGGUCGAGGAGGAGGAAGAGGAAGACAGUGCCCAUGGAGAAGAGAGAGAAGAGGGCCAGGACGAGGAAGGGGAUACCACACCCGACCCCUCCAUGACCAACACCACCGCCACCAUCGCGACCGACGCCUCGCCCACCAUCGUGACCGAUGCCGCGCCCACCGUCAGGACCGACGCCGCGCCCGCCAACAUGGCCGAUGCUGCGAACGUCAACACAGUCGAUGCUAUGCCCGCCAUCGCGGUUACCCCUGCCUGCGCGUCCAACGCUGCGCCGGCCGCUAUGUCCUUUGCUCUGCCGGCGUCCACAUCGCGCGCUGCGUGGCCCUCAGACGUCCUACCGGAUGCUACCUCGGCCUCUAUACCACCGUCGGCGACAGAUGCAGCCUCAACGGCCACUGCCAGUGGUACAUUCCCCUUCGACUUCGGCGGCUGCGACCUCGGGUCUUCGCCAGGCUACCUGGCAUCAAGCCAGAUGGGCGUCCCAAUGCCAUCUUUUGAUCAGCCAUUCAUGCCGGAUGGGGUCGCGUUCAAGAUGCCGGAUGGUACCCUACCCUUCGGGUUCAACCCCGCCGGAUUCGUGGGGCAGCCUGAGCCCGGUUUCUUCUCGGCGGCUCUAGUGGACGCGAUGGUCCCGAGCAUGCAGGUCGGCUAUAUGGGUCAAGGCGGGUUCCACCCUCCCUCGCCCUUCGCAGGGGCAUGGGCAUGUACAACAGCACUGCAUACGAUGCUGUUCCCUCCGCUGGGCCCGUCUCUCAGCCGUUCUUGACUGCGUCGCACCCGGUGCAGAGCGUCCUCGAUCCAUCUGCGAUGUCUUUCGGUGGUCACCAAACGAUGCAAGCCAUGCCUUGGUUUCAUAACCCGCAGCUGCCAGGACCGUCUAUCAUCUCUCCGACGCCCUUCUCUUCGAC